UUUAGGCGUCAGUGUUGCUCCGGGCGUGUAUUUCGUUUCAACCUGUCGUGCAGUAAUCAAACUUUUACUAUUUAGACAAACGGGUUCGCCAGUGCAAUAUCGUGUCGAAGCGUACGGGUCAUUUCAAUGUUAUAGUUCGUAAAACUGCAAAUCUUUCAAGUAAUCAUAAACAAUUCCUGCUGAAGCAAUGCAGAUUUUAGUACAGAUUUUAAUUUGUGUUACCUUGAUCACAUUACUCGUAUUCGUAUCGACUGAAAGUGAAUCUGAAUUCCGAACGGUUGGAAAAAGAAAUCGACAGGUCGACGCCGACGGAGAUGUUGACGUGAGGUAUGAUCAGAGACAAACAAACGGCGAAACAAACAUUCGGCUGCAUGUUAAAAAUUUCCAAAUUCAAGUACCGGAAUCGUCAUUAAGCACACUCAAAGCCACAAGCAUGGCAGCUAUGCUUCGUAGUUCCAUACUGAAAUUGUUUGGAAUUCCAAAUCAAGAAAGCAAUCAACCAAGUUUAACCAAUCAAGAGAGUACGGAACAGGAACCACAGCAGGGAAUGCAAUCAAACUCAAUGCUUCAAAUCAACGGGAAUAAUCUACCGGCCAAGUUUUUUCUUGAGAUUAGUGACUUUUUGAUGAACAACCAUGAUAAUGAUGCGGUUGACGAUAAACGGGUAGAGUCCAAUCACAAGAAAAAUGCGGAACUAUAUGCAACAGAAGAAAUCAAAAUAGAGCGAUUGGAAAAUGUGAAUAAUACGAAAAAUGAAACAAUAACAAUAAGUAAAAAGCGGUACCACAAUGGAUUGGAGGGACCGAAAAGUCCUGUGAACCAGACGGUGUUUGAGACGACUAACACGGAGAACAAGUUUAGCAACAAUGUGACACAUAACCAUACGGAGAAAGAGGAUCGCUUUCAGCAGACGCGUCCCAUUCGGCUGGAAACGGUAGUGAUGCAGGUCAAAUCGGCUACCGACGGAAAUCCGAAAACGCUACGCGAGAAGGUUAUUUGGCGAAUGGAUGGUGUGAAUAAUGACAAUGAUAAGAAGAAGAACGUAGUGCAAUUGUGGAUUAAGAUGGCCUGUCUAAAGUUGUUGGUUCUGUUUUGCGUAAUCGUUAUGAUCGACGGAAUCUUCCUUUCGAACCUAAACUCUUCGUGCUUCCGUUGCAUUUGCGAAGCAUCAACCGGUUGUAGCAGUCGAUUGCAGUGUGGACAAGGAUAUUGUGGACCUUUCUCAAUUUCGCGUGCGUAUUGGAUCGAUGCGGGCAAAGUAGUGAAAACACAAGAUGAUCCGAACCGAUGGGGUGCGUACGAAGACUGUGCAAAUCAGUAUGAGUGUGCGACGAAAAUUAUGACGCAGUACAUGGAGAAAUAUGGUAAAGAUUGCAACAAUGAUGGAUUGGUAGACUGUGUCGAUUAUGCAAUGCUGCAUAUCAAUGGCGGUCCUACUUGCCAUCUACCAGUCAAUUCAGAUUUCGGAAGAAAGUUGGACAAUUGCUUACAGAAAAGCCGUCGUCAGCAGAAUAGUAGAAGAAUGAAUUUCUUCGGAUAGUGAGUGAUAACAUGUAUGGAUAAAUGAAAAGUUUUGCAGUAAAUUUAAAUUUUCGACCGACUUUAAGGCGCACAGAUUUGUAAAUCUGUUAUCUUAGAAUGUAAAUUUGUUUUAAAUUCAUCAUACAACAUUGACAAACAACUACAAAUAAUAUACAUUCGAUAAAACAAUAAACGGAAGCAGAUGAUUCCUAA